AUGGCCCAUCAAGGGCCGUCCAGGCCUCUUCGGCCUAUUGCUCCGAGGAUGGUACCGGAUCCUCCUACACCAGGCCCUCCAAGUGACGAGGGUAAAAUAAAGCGAGCAUCCGCCGCUUGUGGUGAAUGUAAACGUCGGCGAACAAAGUGCAGCGCGGACACCACCGGGAGCCCUUGCACUGAAUGCGCCAUCCAUGGGCGCGAGUGUAUCAUCGACGAAUAUGCCGACAAGCGUCGGAAAGUUGCGGCCAAGCGCGCGCAGGAAGAGCUCAAGUAUUAUCGCGGGUUUCUUGAGCAGCUGAUCGAAGCCAUUCGCACGGGCGAUGGCGUCAGCGUGGAUGCCAUUAUCAAUAUUAUUCGAUCGGGCGCUUCGCAUGAAGAGAUUCUGGCCGUUGUGACCCAGUCGCUGAGUGGAGGGCCGAAGAAACGCAAGGCACUGGAUAUGAGCGAAAAUCCGAUUUCCACCGCAAGCACCACUCCAGAUGGGACCAGUCGCACCCCAGACAACUGGACAUGA